AUGGGAGGUUCUCGUGAAAGCAAAGUCGAAUACUUUUCCAAGUUAAAGGAAUUAUUGGAAACCUACAAAUCUAUCUUCAUCGUUGGUGUUGAUAAUGUUUCUUCCCAACAAAUGCAUGAAGUUAGAAAGGCUCUCCGUGGUAGAGCCGUCGUUUUGAUGGGUAAGAACACCAUGAUCAGAACUGCCGUUAGAGGUUUGUUGUCUGACUUCCCACAAUUCGAAAAAUUGUUGUCUCACGUCAAAGGUAACAUUGGUUUCGUUUUCACUAACGAUGACUUGAAGACCAUCAGAGAUGAAAUUGUCAACCACAAGGUCCAAGCCCCAGCCAGAGCCGGUGCUUUCUCCGAUGUCGAUGUUGUCAUUCCAGCUCAACAAACUGCCUUCGAUCCAUCCAAGACCUCUUUCUUCCAAGCUAUUGGUGUCCCAACUAAGAUUACCAGAGGUAACAUUGAAAUUACUUCUGACAUUAAGGUUGUCGUUGCUGGUACUAAGGUCGGUCAAUCUGAAGCUACCUUGUUGAACAUGUUGAACAUCUCUCCAUUCACUUUCGGUUUGACUGUCCAACAAGUUUACGAUGAUGGUCAAAUCUUCCCAUCUUCUAUCUUGGAUAUUACUGAUGAAGAAUUGGUUGGUCACUUUGUUUCUGCCAUCAACAACAUCGCUGCUAUCUCUUUGGCUAUCAACUACCCAACCUUGCCAUCUGUUUCUCACAGUAUCAUCAACCACUACAAGAAUGUUCUUGCUGUCUCUGUUGCUACUGACUACACCUUCGAAGGUUCUGAAGAAAUCAAGGACAGAAUUGCCAACCCAGACGCUUACGCUGCUGCUGCCCCAGUCGCUGCUGCUGCUUCUGAAUCUGCUGCCGCUGAAGAAGCCCCAGCUGAAGAAGAAGAUGAAUCCGAUGAUGACAUGGGUUUCGGUUUGUUUGACUAA